AUGAAUACAGCUAUACAAUUAUAUGAACGUAGUUUAACAGCUAUUAAUACACCUAUACCUCGUAUAGUAAAAGAAGAUGAUGUGGUGAUAUGUGUAUCGCAUUCUGGCUUAAGUAAAAUGGAUGUUCGAGUCAUUCGAGGAGACAUCAAGAUCACCAAACCAGUGAUCGCUGGACGCCAACUCAGUGGUACUGUCUAUGCAUGCGGUAGCAACGUCCAACAUAUUAAACUUGGCGAUCGAGUGGUAGUCAAUCCAAGAAGCCCUCCUAAAUACAUGGAUCGUUAUUGCUGGAGAAAUCAAUCCCAUAUGUCCGAGGAAUGUAGUAUUUAUAAUGAUAUUGGUAUAGCUAAGAAUGGUGGUUGGUCAGAAUAUUGUCGUAUAUCAGCGAAUCAGGUCUAUCUUUUACCGCCUGAAGUACCUGAAAAUGUUGCACCCUUAUGCGAUUCUCUCAGUUCCGUCAUUCACACGUGGAAUAAAUUGGAUAAUGUUCCUUGUGAUGCCAGGAUUUUAGUUUGUGGAGCAGGAAUGUCUGGAUUACUGUGGAUUUCAUAUCUUCAUUUUCGAGGCUUCCGUGAAAUAGUGGUCUGUGAGCCAGUUGAAAUACGACGUAGGGUUGCAGCUGCUUUAGACUUAGGGUAUGAAGUAGUCCAUCCGACAAAACUUGAUAUUUAUGGACGUGACGACAAAUUAGCAUUUGAUGUUCUUAUCGAUACAUCAGGAGACGGAGAUGCAAUCCAAGACGCUUUAGUAACGUUGCGUAAAGGUGGAAAAUUGAUUAUUUUCAAUUAUGGGCUAGUUAAUACUGAGAUCAAAAUUAAUCCUUAUAAUAUCGUCGCCAAAGAAUUAACUAUUAUUGGCUCAUCCGGCAAUCCCCUAACUUUUGCACAAGCUGUAGCUGUAGCGAGAGAUAUGGCCAAUUCUUAUCUCAAUGUAGAGAAACUUGGAAUUCGAGUUUACAAAUUGAGAGAUUAUAACUUAGCUUUAACCUCAUUGUUACGAAUGGAAAUUACCCAAGCCAUUUUUUCCGUUUCACACUUUGUAAUAUAG